GCUCAAUCAACUGGAGAAUAUCGCGUUACCUUGCAGAACUCGGGCCCAGUACGUGCCUGACCACGCAGCCGAGAGGAUCUUCUUCGUAGCUUCGACAAUAACCGUUCGAAGGAAUCGUCCGUGAAUUCCCACUCCAACAUGCCCAACUGCCCGAAGUGUGAUAAGCCCGUUUAUUUCGCUGAAAGAAAAACUUCGUUGGGGAAGGACUGGCACGGUUCCUGUUUACGCUGCGAGAAGUGUAACAAAACCUUGACUCCAGGUAGCCAUUCUGAACACGAAGGAAAACCUUACUGCAAUCAUCCGUGUUAUUCCGCUCUGUUUGGACCAGGAGGAUUCGGACGAGGAGGUGCAGAAAGCUAUGUUUAUAAAAAGUAAACAGCAAAUAAUAUCAAAUGACAAAAUAAGUUAUUGCUAAGUGGACCGCGUUACCUGUGCUAUAGAAUUUAUUAUUAAAGUAAUUAUAAACAGA